CGGAAAUGUGGAGAAGACGGAUGUAUCGGCCGGCGUCCUCGUGUGUUCCGGCAAGUAAAAGAUACGCGGUGGAACUCCUCCCCCCCUAGGAAGAUACAGCACCGUAUCCUACACUUUGCUUCAAGCCAUGGUUUAUGCCAUUGAGGAGAUAAAUGCUGAUGAGUUUCUGCUCCCUAACAUCACCCUAGGCUUCCAGUUGUUCGAUACCUGUAUACACCUGUCCCGGGCUCUCUGGGAGACAUUUAUAUCCUUGACAGGAGAAGACAACCCCAUUCCAAACUAUCAGUGUAAUAAGAAGGUGCCUCUCGCCAUCAUAGGGGACCCAAUAUCCCUUCUCUCCGUAGCAAUGGCCACAAUAUUGGGCGUCUACAGGUAUCCCCAGGUCAGCUAUGCCGCAUCUAUUAACUCACUAAGUGAUCGCUUCUUAUUCCCAUCUUUUUUCCGUACUGUUCCCAGUGAUGCCAAGCAGUCAGUAGCCUUGGCCGAAUUAGUUUCCUUCAUGGGCUGGAAGUGGGUUGGGUUGUUGUCUCUAAAUAAUGACUAUGGAAUUCAGGGAUCGCAAAUCCUCAAAGAAGAGCUGCAGAAGUUGGGUGUGUGCAUCGCUUACCAUGAGACAUUUGGGCAAGGCACGUCCUUAGAAAUUCAAUCCAUAGCAAAGGUUAUUGUCCAGUCCUCAGCAAAGGUCAUAAUUCUGUUCUCCCGAGACCCUUACAUCCACCAGCUGAUGGAAUUGCUAUUACAGAAAAAGGAUGUGGAGAGAAUCUGGGUCGCCAGUAAUGGCUGGUCAACUUCACCAAUAUUAUCUACACCGAGAUACAGUGAUUUAUUGGCUGGAACCAUUGGAUUUACAUUACAUGAAGUAGAAAUGUUCGGAUUUAAUGAAUUUCUACUAGGGCUUCGAGCAUCUUCUUUACUCCCUCAAGAUAUAUUCAUAAAGGAUUUCUGGGAGAUAGUUCUAGGCUGUCGGUGGCCAAGUGUUGGUUCUAGUGGAGACAAUGUGACUCUGUGGUGCACAGGAGAAGAGAAACUGACAUCAUUCACGAACAGGCAGUAUGCCAAUAGUAAAUUUGACUUUAGGACCCAAUAUUUUAUAUACAAUGCAGUAUACUCAGUGGCUCAUGCCAUCCAUAAUCUAAUCUACCCCUGUGCUCUGGAUCAGAUGUCCCUCACACAGAAAAAAUGUGAAGAUCUGACCAACUUUAAGCCGUGGCAGGUCUUCCACCGCCUGAAGAGUGUCUACUUCACAAAUCGAAUGGGAAAAGAGAUGUUCUUUGAUGACAAUGGAGGACCCCCGACUGACUACGACCUUCUGAACUGGCAAAGGAACUCGGACGGUUCUAUUGAAUUUGUGACAGUUGGCCGGUACCAUUUAGGUCAAGCUAAAGAAAAUGAGCUGAGCAUCAAUAGCACGGCCAUCCGAUGGAUCACUGGAGGCAAUGAGGUCCCCAGAUCAGUAUGCAGUGAAAGUUGUUCCCCUGGAUUCCGGAAAGCUGCCCAAGAAGGACAACCAAUGUGCUGCUAUGACUGUGUCCCCUGUGCAGAAGGUGAAAUAUCCAACCAAACAGAUUCAAGCAACUGUUUCCCAUGUACAGAAGAGACAUUGCCCAAUGCCAACAAAACCAUUUGCCUUCCUAAAGACAUUGAGUUUUUGUCAUACAAGGAACCACUUGGAGUCACAUUAACAUCCACCACAACCUUCUUCUUCUUCACCACCAUUGGGGUUUUGUUCAUAUUCGUCAAGUACAAAGACACGGCCAUUGUGAAAGCCAAUAACAGUGAUCUUAGCUACGCCCUCCUCGCCUCACUGUCCUUGAGUUUCCUCUGCUCUCUUCUCUUUAUUGGAGAACCAAAAAGAUUAACCUGUCUCUUGCGUCAAAAAGCUUUUGGAGUAAUAUUUGUCGUUUGCGUUUCUUGUAUAUUUGCUAAGACUCUGAUGGUUGUUAUCGCUUUUCGAGCAACCAAACCUGGAAGCAAUAUGAGAAAAUGGCUGGGACCCAAAGUUCCGGCUGUGGUCAUUGUAAUCUGUGCCUCCAUACAGGUCUUCAUCUGUGUCUCCUGGAUUCGACUUUGUCCUCCAUUCCCAGAGAAGAACUAUAAGAUAAAGGCUGAGGUCAUCAUCUAUCAGUGCAAUGAAUGUUCAGAUGUGUUCUUGUGGUCCAUGCUUGGGUACAUGGCAUUUCUUGCUUGUGUCAGUUUUCUAUUUGCUUUUCUGGCCAGGAAUCUACCGGAUACUUUCAAUGAAGCCAAGUGGAUCACUUUUUCCAUGUUGAUCUUCUUAAGUGUCUGGAUCUCCUUUGUCCCAGCCUAUCUCAGCACCCAGGGAAAGUUCAUGGUGGCCGUUGAGGUAUUUGGAAUCAUUUCCUCCAGUGCUGGGAUCUUAAGUUGUUUCUUUUUCCCCAAGUGUUAUAUUAUAUUAUUUCGAUCUGAUCUCAACACUCGUGCGAGCCUCUUCGGUAAAAGUACCACCCAGAAGACCUAG